GGGUGGACCGAGGCCUGAAGCGCUGCCUCGGACAUUCCUGGAGCAGCGGCCAGAAGACAGUCCGACCUCUCCUCCACACUGCAGAGUUGGCGGCGGCCGGGUAACCGGGGAGAGGGUCGGGCCGGGAGCAUGAGAAGCGGAGCCGAGCUGGGCCUCCCCCGUCCCCACUUACCGCCCUGACCUUUCCCCAUUAACCCCACAGGAGGCGGCGAGUGUGAGGCCCGGCGCCAACCACCAUACCAUGGAGCCAGGGCACUGGGCACAGGGCGCCGCUGAUGGGCUCACAGCCCCCGCAGGUGUCACUAAAAGCGACCUGGAGUACGAGGGCUCGGGCGAACUGAUGUGUGUGAAUCAGGAGACUGUGGAGAAGCUGACGGAAGGGUUAAUAUCUCACUAUCUUCCAGAUCUGAAGCAACUGAAAAAUGCCCUCCAGGAACUGACACAAAAUCAAGUGGUUCUGUUGGACACUCUGGAGCAGCAGAUCGCCAAAUUCCGCGAGUGCCAUCUGGUGCUGGAUAUCAACGCUCUUUUUACAGAGGCCAAAUGUUACCAUGAUAAACUGGUGAACAUUCGGAGGGAAAUGGUCACGUUGCAUGAAAGGACGACAAGGCUGAAGAGAAGAGCUUUAAAACUUCAGCAGCAGAGACAGAAGGAAGUGCUGGAAAACGAGCAGCAACGGGAGAAGGAGUUGGAACGAGAGCGGCAACUGAUUGCUAAGCCUGCGAAGCUCUCGUAGGCACCAGGGGCUGUGGCUUUGACAGCAAACACCAGCAGACUGGAGGUUCAGUGUAUUUGGAGGACGUCCUGUCGCACAAUGUUUCAGAGCACGGACUUAUGAAUACUAACCUUCAGUUUGUCUGCUGUGAACAACUCAAAAUACCAACCGUAGGAAUCCAAAAUGCACUUUUGAUGAAGGGGAGAUUUUCAGUGGGGCCUCUGGGUGAUGUGUGGUCCAACAUUAUACACAAUGCCCAGUGCCAGGUACAAUGUUGGACCAUGCAUUGUAGCAGUAACGUCGUGCCCUGGCACUGCAUGGCUUUCAUUGUCCUCAAACAACAUUGGUUCCGGGUUCUUCUGCCCCUUGGAACAAUGGUUAAUCAGGCAGCGAUGGUCUAGACCACUGUGAUCACUCCCUUGAGUGAGGUCUCUGAAGAAGCAGGUCAUCUCAUUUCUCUGUGGCCUGGACGGGUGUCUGGGGUCCAGGGAAGUCAGACUGGAUGUCACAACCGAGGCUGUUGCGUUAUCUUCAGGUUUAUGGAUGAUGCCCACACUCAGAAUAGUUACUAAACUGUGAGCAAGUCACGGGUUUGGUUUGGGACUGAUGCCCUGACGUGGAACAGUUUGGAAUUUAGACAUGAUGGGUUGCAGCACAAGUUUGUCAGGAGAAGUGAAUGUAGAGAUCCCACUCUGAGUUGGCAGCUGGGAAUGUGCUCUUCAUUGUCCUCUCUGCUCACACUUGCUUACAUCCUCAGCUCAGGGUUUCAUUACAGUCACUGAUGACAGACUGAUGGGUAGGUUUGCUUUCAGAAUCACUUUAAUGCCAUUCCUAAAGUUUUUUAAACUCAAUUCCACCACAGGCAUGUCUGCCUCAGCCUCUGCUCUGGACUGAAGUGUGACUGUAAUAUUGGUGAUAGGCUCAUUUACUGUCACUAAACCCUGAUCACACACCAUUCCAUCAGGGCUUGCUUCUCCAGUCCAGCACCUGUGCCUCACCAGAGGUCAGUCAGACUGUUGCCUAGAGAGUUACUGAAAGAGAGAAACAUUUAAACGAUGUUUACUGCCUUCCCGAUUGUGGCUGCAAGGCUGGAAUUUCUCCUCUAUGUAAUGGGCUCAUUCUGUAAGCCAAGUUAAACUCAGUGGGUGGGGGAGUUCUUCUUUUGCUUCUUAAGCCCCAUCCUUGGCCACCAACAGCACUUGCCAGAGUCCUUGGUCCUAAGCCAGUAGAAGGUUGAUGGGCCUUGUGGCUUCCACUUUCACCCAUGACUUCUUGGUGAAGAUUCGUCUGACCCAGGAAUGAGCUUCUGUUGGCGUUGGCUCUGGAUCUUUACAGGAUGCCCAAGCCUGGCUUGGAACCAUUGAUGGCGGAGUUGGGUGUGGAGGUUAAUCGGUGCAAAUCAUCUGGGAACUAACAAACCACCCCAAAACAAAAUUAAAAGUUUCACUUGGCUUUUUUGACUAUACUUACUUGAAAUAAAAUGUAAGAUGUUAGAAAUAAAGAUAAAGAAUUAAAGAUCAGCUUUAUUUGUCACAUGUACACAGAAACAUACAGUAAAAUGUGUCGUUUGCAUCAAUGACCAACACAGUCCGAGGAUGCGCUGGGGUGGUGGGGGGGAGGCAGCCCAUGUGUAACCAUGUGUCUGAUGCAGUAAAGUUUAAUGUAAAUUUAUUAUUAAAGUACAUAUAUGUCACCA